AGGAAGGAGAAGUGGCCCGACCCCUUGGCAGUCCCUCCCCGCAGCCUUUCCCCACAUUACUUCCCUGGGGCUCCGGUCCCUCACUUGCUCAACUCCGGCUCGGCUCCGCCAGCGUGAGGCCUCCAGACGGGAUUGCACCGUCCUCCCUUCCCAGCAAGGGGGCUCCAGAGGCUGCCCCAGCCAGGCAGUCUGGUGGCCUGGGGGAUUCGGACAGCCCCCUUGGUAAUGUCCAGGGCUCCGGGAAGAGAUGUCCUUGUGGCUGGAGGCCCCUGUGCCUGAUGCUUCUCCUGACUCUGCAGUGGAGCUGUGGGAGCCAAAUGCACAAGAUGCCGGCAGCCAGGCGCUGGGAGGCAACACUGGCGUCCUCAGGGAGGAAGCCAGCACUCCCCAAUCUGCUGGGGGCUCUCUGGGGGCAGGGCUGGAGGCAGCAGAGCCCGCAGUCCUGCUCCCUGGGGUGGAUACCCCUCCAGAGUCUACAGAGCUGCGUCCACAAAAGCGGAAAAAGGGGCCAGCCCCCAAAAUGCUGGGGAACGAGCUGUGCAGUGUGUGUGGGGACAAGGCCUCCGGUUUCCACUACAACGUGCUGAGCUGUGAGGGCUGCAAGGGCUUCUUCCGCCGCAGCGUUAUCAAAGGGGCGCGCUAUGUCUGCCACAGCGGGGGCCACUGCCCCAUGGACACCUACAUGCGCCGCAAGUGUCAGGAGUGUCGUCUUCGAAAAUGCCGCCAGGCCGGCAUGCGGGAGGAGUGUGUCUUGUCCGAAGAGCAGAUCCGCCUGAAGAAACUGAAGCGGCAAGAGGAGGAACAGGCUCAGGCCACGUCCAUGAGCCCAAGGGUGUCCUCACCUCCCCAAGUCCUGCCCCAGCUCAGCCCCGAGCAGCAAGGCAUGAUCGAGAAGCUGGUGGCCGCCCAGCAACAGUGCAACCAACGCUCUUUCUCUGACCGGCUUCGAGUCACGCCUUGGCCCAUGGCACCCGAUCCCCAGAGCCGAGAGGCCCGUCAGCAGCGCUUUGCCCACUUCACCGAGCUAGCCAUCGUCUCUGUGCAGGAGAUCGUUGAUUUUGCCAAACAGCUGCCUGGCUUCCUGCAGCUCAGCCGGGAGGACCAGAUUGCCCUGCUGAAAACCUCUGCGAUCGAGGUGAUGCUUCUGGAGACAUCUCGGAGGUACAACCCCGGGAGUGAGAGUAUCACCUUCCUCAAGGAUUUCAGUUAUAACCGGGAAGACUUUGCCAAAGCAGGGCUGCAGGUGGAGUUCAUCAAUCCCAUCUUCGAGUUCUCCAGAGCCAUGAAUGAGCUGCAACUCAAUGAUGCCGAGUUUGCUUUGCUCAUUGCCAUCAGCAUCUUCUCUGCAGACCGGCCCAACGUGCAGGACCAGCUCCAGGUAGAGAGGCUGCAACACACAUAUGUGGAGGCCCUGCAUGCCUAUGUCUCCAUCCACCAUCCCCAUGACCGACUGAUGUUCCCACGGAUGCUAAUGAAACUGGUGAGCCUCCGGACACUGAGCAGUGUCCAUUCAGAGCAAGUGUUUGCACUGCGCCUGCAGGACAAAAAGCUGCCCCCGCUGCUCUCUGAGAUCUGGGAUGUGCACGAAUGACGGCUCUUCCACCCACCCCCUAUCCCCCAUAUCUUCUGUUUUCUGGGCUGGAAGGCUGAGGCGCCUGGCUGCUUCCUAGAGGUGAAGCAGACUGAGAAGUGCAAACAUUCCUGGGAGCCGAGCAAAGGAGAUCCUCAUGUGGCAUUAAAGGAGAGUCAAAGGGUUGGGAGUUUGUGGCUGCUGGGCAGUGGAGGGUCCUGCUAAAACUGUGCUCCAUUUGAAGACUGUACUGCCACAACCAAAUGGAUGGGCCUGGGGGCCACUUUGCACAAGGUUCUGCAGCGCCCUGCCCGUCCUGCCUCCACCACUUCCUGUUUUCCCCGCAGGGCCCCGAGAGAAAUUCUCUACUGUCACUCUGCGGCUUGGCCAUAAAUGCCUCGGGGCUGCCUC